CUGAACAUUUGACAAGGCGCGUUGAUUUUUCGGCGGGAUGCAUUGGGAUUCUCUGCCGUGCGCUUCCCAAGAGGGCUACAGUCGAGCUCCGUAGCAAUUUUGGCUCAAGCCAUUGUGUUCCAAGGUUUUUUUUUGUUUGGAGGGGACGGCGAUCGCUGGCUCUUGUGAUCCAGCACCCUCCUCCCUGCUAGCUUGGCAGCCAUGCUGGUCCGCUCGGCGCUGUUCCUCGGCCUCGCCUGCACUGGAGGUGCGGCGCACGGAGAUGUCCAGGGGGUGGUGAACAGCACCGCGCAGGUGAUCAGGUCGUUGCAGGAGCAGGGUGAUCGUGCCAAGCGCCGCUUCACAAACGUGUCGAAGUUCGAGCGCCAGCUGGAUCAGAUCGGCCAUCGCGCGGAAGCGGACUUCGAUGCGCAGUUGUACUCAAGCAAGACGAGAGACUACGCCGAGUUGGCGGAGCGGGCAUCUAAGAAGGCCGCGGAGGCUUCAUCAAGUACUAACGCAACCGUCGCCGAGGAGCUGAGCGAUGAGGCAGAGGCGCUCUUGAGGAACAUGACCAAGGUAGGCCUUGAGCUCGACGGAAUCGAGCAGGACUUCCGUGAUGAGCUGAAACGCGCACUGGGAGCCACGUUAGAUCCAGAGCUCGCGGCCGCAGACAGUGUUACCAGCGAGGCCUCGCAUCUGCAGAAGAGGUCGCAUUCGAUGAUGGACCCUCUUUAUAGCUGGGGCGACGCCGCCGAGGAUAAAGCGGACAAGUUGAACGACCAAACAAACGACGCUAUGUCUGCAGUGGACAAGAUUGUGCGCCCCUACCGUCGUGACGUUGCCCGCCAUUCUCGUGAGGUCCAGAGGUCCGUCGAGCGCAAGCUCUUCGAGAGCCGCGAUCGCACCGCCGUGUGGCGCAAGGCGAACAGGCGCGUGCGCGCUUCUACUUACCAUGCCUUGCGGCUGCGAAGCCUCGCAGACGCCAGCACGUUGAGCCUCCAAUUGAGCUCCGUUGGGGGCGUUGCGGUGCUGACAGUGACCACUGCGGUGGCAGCGGCUGUUGGGGCCCUCAUGGGCUUCGCGGUGCAGAGGCGGACAGAGCAACGGAGCGACUACCAAUUUCUGUCUGCAUGACCUUGUGCUGAAUGAUGAAUGGUUGUUCCCCCUGUUUUCCCAUACUAGGGCCAGUCCGGCAUGUCUGCUGCCAGCGGGGUGUUGUUUCCUGUUGCCGACGCGACGGUUUUGUCUUUAAAUCUUUCUCAGCCAGGGAGUUGAAAUAGCCUCGUAGGUUUGGAGUAAGGUUUUGCUGUUCCUUUCGACCAGAUGAUGGAAGCCCCAAUCCUGAUGGUAGUCUCCAUCUUCUUGGAUCACUUGCCUUGGAUACCUGCACCAUGGCAUAUAGAUUUGUUGACUGGUGUACAGUACAGUCUCCUGCGUACGCGAGCAGAACAGCAUGUCGAAUAAUAAGAAAAAAGAGGGCUACAGUCGAGCAUCUGAUUCAGACACUUCCUCCCGAAAAGCUUGGCCAGCUUUUCUUAACCGACUUGCCG